AUGGGCGCCGCUAUUCUCAAAAGCUGCUUACUAGUCGGAUACACGACGGACGUCCCACACCCGCGGCAGAAGCAGAAGCAGCUGUACUUCCACAACCACAACCAGCAGAAGAACCGCCACGUUCGGAACGUGCAGAAAAGCUCGUCGCGGACGCCUGCACAGGACGUUGUGACGCGCCACACAACGCGCGCCGCGAGCUCCGUGACUUCGGAGGCCGCGACCACGUCCGAGUCGUCAUUCGUGUCGGACUCGCCCUCUCACGUCGUGAGUCCCGUCCCCGUGAUCCACAUCCAUCCGACGCUCUCGGGCUUUCGAGCGCUCUUGCCGCCCCAGUACCUCCUGGAAGGUGUGGCUGGAAAAGGCACGACGUCGACUUGUUACAAGUGCGUGCGCACGACGGACAAUCGUCGCUUUGCAUGCAAGAUCAUUGAGAAGAAGCGUCUAACAACGUCUAAGCGCAAGCGACUGGAAGUUGCGGCGCAAUUGAGACGGGAAGUGAACGUCUUGCAGCGCGUAGAUCACCCGCAUAUUGCCAAGUUGGUGCAGUCAUUUGAAGACGACGAGUUUCUCAUUCUUGUGAUGGAGCUGCUGGAAGGUGGCGAGCUCUUUGACGCCAUUGUCCAGAAGGGACGCUUUGCUGAAGCAGAAGCUGUGCACGUGGCCCGCAGCCUCCUUUCGGCUAUACAGCACAUGCACAAGCGAGGGGUUGUCCAUCGUGACUUGAAGCCGGAGAAUAUGCUGCUGGCCAUGUCGCCGCGUCAGGGAGAGAAGGCGGCGUCUGACGUGCCGUUGAACAUCAAGAUUAUUGACUUUGGAUUUGCCAAGGUGCUAAAACAAGGCGCGACGUCGUCGUCGUUUUUGGGAACUGGAGGCUAUUUGGCGCCCGAGAUUUUGCUGCGGCAGCCGUACAAUGCUUCUGUGGACAUGUGGUCCUUUGGCGUCUUGACGUACUUGCUGUUAUGUGGUCGCCUGCCGUUUGCUGCCACGACUCAGCUCCGACCAAAUCAGUCGAUUCAGAUGCUGCACCGCCUCACGUUUCCGAAAAGGUACUGGCACGGCGUAAGUCCAUUGGCCAUUGAUUUUGUGCAGCGCGUGCUGGUGCUCGAUCCGUCGGCGCGGCUCACAGCAUCGGAGGCGUUAAACCAUCCGUGGCUUCGAUGCUGA